CCUUCGAUUCUCUGACAUGUCAGCAUGAGAUGAUAUGCAAGUGAGGGUUGGGUCCUUUGUGGCUCCUAAUCAGCACCAAGGACAGCACCAAGUUGCGCUGGAGCGCUGCGUUGGAUCAGAGCCGCAACACAAGCUGAUCCUCCCAACAAGCCCACCAAUCUGACAAGAAGCUUUUAUUUACUUGUUUGUUUAUUUUCAUCUAUUUGUUUAUAAUUCCAUCAUUUUAGAGUUUAUAUAUGGAGCCAGCAUGACGCUCAAGCCGAGGACUUUAUUGCUUCCCAAGACACGAAGUUGGAUCAGAGAAUGACUUUGCUGAAGAUUUUCGGGAGUAAAAAAAAAAAAUAAUAAAAAAUAAUAAUGUCUGGGGAAUUAACGGACAUCAGCGAUGAAGGCUCGGUCGGGACUGCUCACGCUGCCUCCGCCAACUUCAGCUGCGCUUCCAAUACUUCAAACUGCUCGCACGCAGACUUUCACAUGUCGGACUUCACGAAAACCGACGUCGUCGGAGACGGUGCCGCUUUCGUCAGGAUUACAAUCUCUGUGAUCUACUCUCUGGUUUGCGCGCUGGGUCUGGUCGGGAACCUGCUGGUUUUGUACCUGAUGAAGUCCAAACAGGUGUGGAAGAAAUCCUCCAUCAACCUGUUCGUAACCAGUUUGGCGGUGACUGACUUCCAGUUCGUUCUGACUCUGCCUUUCUGGGCCGUGGAGAACGCGCUGGACUUCACGUGGCCCUUCGGGAAAACCAUGUGUAAGAUAGUUUCCUACGUGACGGCAAUGAAUAUGUACGCCAGCGUGUUUUUCCUCACGGCCAUGAGUGUGGCGAGGUACUGCUCCCUCGCCUCGGCGCUAAAAGGCAGGCGGCGGCGCAGGCACUGCUGCUCGGCGCGGUGCGUCUCCGUCUUCAUCUGGUUCGCCGCCGUCUCCGCCGCCCUACCGCACGCGGUUUACUCCACCACCGCCACGGUCUCCAACGAGGACCUGUGCCUGGUGAAAUUCCCGGAGACUAACGGGUCGGCGCAAUUUUGGCUCGGACUCUAUCACUCCCAGAAAGUGGUGGUGGGCUUCCUGGUGCCUCUGGGAGUCAUCUCCGCCUGCUACCUGCUGCUUUUGCGCUUCAUCACCUCCAAGAACAUUAACACCUCCAGCGCGAAACGACGCGCCAAGGUCACGAGAUCGGUCACCAUCGUGGUUUUAUCCUUUUUCCUCUGCUGGCUGCCCAACCAGGCGCUCACAGCAUGGGGCAUCCUCAUAAAACUUAACGCUGUUCACUUCACUUAUGAGUACUACACUAUGCAGGUGUACGUCUUCCCCGUGUCGGUGUGCCUGGCGCACUCCAACAGCUGCCUGAACCCCAUCCUGUACUGCUUGAUGCGACGAGAGUUCAGGAAAGCGCUCAAAAACCUUUUCUGGCGCAUGACCUCUCCGACUGUAACCACCAUCAGACCGAUCACGGCCACCACGAAGCCAGAGAUGGACGAGCAGGGACACCCGCUGGUGCCGGGCAACGCGCCGCCGGUGCCCGACAUGGUGUUCUUUCCUCCGGGGGCGGUGAUUUACAAUGACCGGCGUGACCUGCCGCAAAACAGCACAUAGUCUGACCACGCCAGGGAUAGUUUAAGUUACAUGUAUGUAGUUACUGCACAGCCAAAAUGUACCACUAAGGUUUUGGAUAGUGGCCACAUGGCUCACCACCCUGGGGGUGCAAACCGUUGGGGGCAGUAACAUUAACUUUUGAGGAAGUUCAUAUCCUCAAACGGAGUUUGUGAUGCUUGUGAGUACACACAUACUCACAAGCAUCACAGUUAAUAAAUCAAUGCUUUUACAAAGAGGACUGUAUCUCAAAAUAUCAUUUCAAAAGUCUGUUCACCGUAGAACUUUGAUCAUUCUUUGUGUCUCAGAUUUAAACAAGAGGAAUGAACAGCAUUUUAUAUGUGUCUAUACAAUAAGGGUCUUAUGUGCUUUAUUGUUUAAUGUUUGUUUGUUUUGAUAUUUAAAAAAGUAAAAAAAAGACUAUAGAUAUCUGGCCUCCCUUCCUACAGCUUGUCAAACUCUGUGACAUGUAAACUUAAUUUUUCUUUUCUUUUUGUGCAGGUAGAGUGAGCCCUGUGUGUUUCUUAAUUUCCAUCUAUUUUUUUUUCUUUUCAUGUUUUUUUUUCUUCCAGAAAAUUCUAAUAAAAAAGUAAAAAAGAG